AAGAAAGACAUGAACAUCUUGGAUGACAUGGGGAGACCAAUCAUCACCGUGAAUACUCUAUCACGUGACAUGACCAGGAAGUGAACUCCUGUCCGAAAUUCCAAAAGUUAUAGAUAUAUGUCCGGGUGUUAUGGCAGCAGGAGUACAGGGCAGGCUGUCCAGUUAAUGAACAUUCAGCAGAAGGAGUGUGGGAAAGAUAGAGACCGUAUGAUAUACCAGCUCUUACAAUGUCAGAGACUGAGGACUGUCAAAGGCGCUUUCAGGCGGCUGUCGACGUCAUUCAAAGCCUGCCCAAAAAUGGUUCCUACAGACCCUCUUAUGAAGUGAUGCUGCGGUUUUAUGGCCUGUACAAACAGGCAGUCUGUGGCCCAUGUACAGCCUCACGCCCUGGAUUCUGGGAUCCUAUAGGCCGUUACAAAUGGGAUGCUUGGAAUCAGCUAGGAGGCAUGAGUCGAGAGAGUGCCAUGGCUACUUAUGUGGAUGAAAUGAAGAAAGUUGCACAAGAGGUAAUAGACACCAUGCAAAUCAAUGAGAAGACUGCAUCCUUUUUUCACUAUUUUGAACCUCUCUAUCACGUCAUUCAUGAUAUGCCUAGACCUCCAGAGGCACUUUUAUCUCUCAGAUCGGACGUAAAUACCAAAGAACCAAUUGAUGGUUUGGCUGAACAUGAUGUGGAGAGGGCAACUCAAGAACCAGCUCUUCAACAGGAAUACACGGAGACUGUCCCUGACAAUGAACUUCAAUCAGAGAGCACAGAGCCACUUCUGUCUGAGGGUCAGGGGCCGACUAGUGACUCAGAGAGUGAAGUCUUCUGUGACUCAUUGGAACAGCUGGACAUUAUUAAGCUUGCUGAAAUAACUGAGAUCUCUGGAAUCCAGGAGCAUCAUUACAGCCCUCUCUCUCAGGUAACUCAGAUGGGUGCUGGACAUGGUGGUGAGGGGGCAGAAGAUAGGCAUGGUCCUCCCAUGAGGAGGAGGGCUGCAGAAAGAGAGGGAAUGCAGCAGGACUGGAGGGACCCUUCUGGUUAUAUAGCUCACCGCAAUACUAGAUGGCCGGAGUGGCUCUCCUCGGGGGCUGGUUCAGGGCAAGGGGGAGGGGACGAUUCUAAAGGUGGGCCUAACAGGCUACAGGACAGCCAGGUGGAGCAGCAGAUCAUUCUUGCCUUACAGCAACUCAGAGAGGACAUGCAGAGUGUCAGGGAACGACUAGAGGUAGUUGAAGGUCUUGCGACUGCAAAUGCUCAAAAUACGCAAUGGAGAUCCAAUUUACGAUUCACAGCUGCAGAGGCUGAGGAGAAAUGGUGGCCAUUUGACUUCUCUGGACGCACAUUGCUGCUCUUGUUGGUGUGGCCUUUUGUAACUCAGGGCUUAAUGUUUUUGUUGAGGCGGAAGAAGAGAAAGAUUCAUGUGUGCAUAUAAAUUUACUGUACUGAGUAGAAAUUAAAGUAACAGUCAAACUAAAGAAUGACCAUAAGUGUGACCUGGUGGUCAGGGCUUCAAGUAUAGUACUUGUUUGUUAGCGUCAGGUGAAGAGAGGAAAAGUUCUAACAUCAUAUCUCUGAAAUUUUACCAUUUAUCUUGUAUGACCAAGAUUCUGCAGUUCUGGAGUCCAGAAGCUUAUUAUAUAAUUAAAUGUUCAUGAUGUGUUCCAUGUAAUGCUGGUUAAAUGUAGCUGUGUGCCGAGACUUUGUCAAUAAUGUAUGAUAUCCAUACUCUAUUUUUGAAAAUAAGUCAUGUUAAUUAGUAUCUCUUUGUUGAUGGUUGAAAAUGUAAAUGCCAUAUGCACCACAAAAGAGAACAGACCUGCUGAUCAUACUUGGAGGAUGCAGACAGUAACCUUUGCGUGGGGAACAUAAAAUGCACUGAAGCUGUCACUCUGAUAUGAGAUAAAAGGACCAGCAAUACAAUAUCUUCUGACCAUAAACCAUAUUUUUGUUUGUUUUAUAACGAGAGGAUACAAAUAAAUGCACAAAACAGUCACAUUGUGUAUAAGGAUCGUACACUUUUUAUUUCAAUUAAAAGUUUAUUUACAGACAGAA